CAGUAAUAUCGGUAUACACGACCCCUCUCCGUGUAUUUUCGAAGAAAUUCCAAGGAUAUACAAUCGCAUCAUGAACAACAAUACCAUCAAGGAUCGCAUUUCUUCUCUACCUCAAGAAUUGGCAGAUAUAAUCGUCAACUACUUGAAAGGCGACAAACCAUCUCUUUCUUCAUGCUCUCUCGUCUGUCGGAAAUUAUUAUCGACAAGUCGAGCCCUCCUCUUUGAGCGAUGUGUUCUCCAUGCAGGCAAUGAAUGCAAUACACUGCUCUGUUUCCCUGAAACCACACUUCGAUGCAUCAAGAUUCUACGGAUACCAUCGCCUUUCGCUUCUGUUUCACAAGAAAUCCUCAAUCAUCCUUCUUUUCAUCGGUUCAUGGCAUCCUUGGGACCUCUCGAGCUUGAGGUGAAUUCCGAUUCCUUUUCUUGGUCGCACCUGAACGACAGCGCACGGGAAACAUUGUCAGCUCACCCCUUCCGGAGAAUUCAGCUUUACUCUGGUAGCUUUCAGAGCGUAGCCGACAUUUGCUUCUUCCUACGCAGUUCGCAUAAUCUGGAGACGCUCAUUCUGGGGACGCUCAAGAUAGGGGAAACCUCGAUAUCACAUUGCCCUUGUCAGGCAGGGCCCUCGGUGUCGCAUCUGACAGUAAGUUCGGGUGAGGAACGGUUAAGACUGUUUCAGUCUAUCAUCGCCACGUCGUGUCCCAUAACUAUCAAUGACCUACGGGUACUCGACGUUAACAUCUCACAUGCUGAAGACCUUGGACUGUUACGGGGGGUGUUGGCCGUGGCGGAGGAGCUGCAAGAACUCAGGGUGUCACAUGGGUUUCUCGAAUCCCAUGUGGAAUUACUUCCUAUAGCGGACCUCAACCUGACGAGCAUCAAAAGUCUAACCGUCAAGAUGUCGGACUAUCAGGAUCUAGGUUGUCCCGAUGUCUAUCCGGCUCUUUUUCUAUGGUGGUGCGAAGUUUGGGCCAAUACCAAAGCAACAAGCAUUGAGGAGCUGGUCAUCCGAUCGACGCUUGAUAUAUACGAAGGAGAGUUUGACACUACUCUGUGGUCUCAAAUAGCCAACACACUAUCCAGACCACCGUGGAAGACUCUGUCAUCGCUAAUGAUUGUAAUCUGUGCUCCUGAGAAUGGCUGGUGGGCAGAGUCUCUACUUUCUCCGUACACAAAGCAGAUCGAGGAUAUCAUGACUCCUUUAACUUUAACGGAAACGCAGUCUGUGGACGUCGUCGUCAAGUUGAAUACAACGAACACUUGGCAGAAUAUGAAUAUGGUUAUGGCGGAGAUGGCUCGGAGGAAGAGGACCAUGAUGACUCUGGCGACAUCCUGAGGGGAGGGCAUCCGUUUUAUCUGUUUUAGCAGACGAGGGGCACAAUUGGUCCAGUCUUUUAGUAUUGAGCCCUUGCAACCCAAUGCCACCUUCCCUUCCUAGC